AUAAACAUUCUGAGUUUUUAUGGUUAUUUUUAUUGGCAAAACUUUAUCAAGAAUGGUUUGUAUUUUGAGCUUAGAAAUAAAUUCGUUUUUAUUUUGUCCACAGAUAAAACAAAGGAUUGAACAAGAUGGAACGCGACAGUACAGUAUUGUAUCCCAGUCGGGGCACAGGAAUCUCAUCUAGUCAUAGAAUAAGCAGUCGUUUUGUACACAUUGUUAUUGCCAUGUUGUUUAUAGGUUUACCCAGUGCACAUUCCCAAAUUGAAAAAAUGUACAUUGAUGUCACAGAUCUUAAGAUACUUGUCGAUGAGACUUACCUAUUAAAGUUGGUGCAAAUUGGUCAAUACAACACUACGCUCAAGGUGGCGGCUCAGAUCCAACACCCAGAUAUAGUGCAGUUGGUGCCAGGAACAGUGGAGAUCCCGGGCUCGUCGGAACCCAACACCACGGUGCAGAUCACGCACGACAUAUGCGCGUACGGCAAAAGUCCGGGACAUUCCGAAAUUUCCUUCAAUGUAACCCCUAGUGGAUUUGUUAACCUCGACACCGUGUUUCUGCGUAUCACCGUGAUGCAUUCCCAUAUAAUAAGCGUAAUCUCUUACAUCAUGGGUUGGAUCUAUUUCGCCGCGUGGUCCGUGUCGUUCUACCCUCAAAUCUACAUCAACUUCAAGCGCAAAAGCGUCGUCGGUCUCAACUUCGACUUCCUGGCCCUCAAUGUUAUGGGUUUCACUAUGUACUCCCUCUUCAAUUGUGGUCUCUACUUCUCUAAGGAAAUUCAGAACGAAUAUUUCAGUCGUCAUCCCCGUGGUCUGAAUCCUGUACAAUUGAAUGACGUGUUCUUCUCCCUUCAUGCCGCCUUCGCAACACUUAUAACCAUCACACAGUGCUUUAUCUACGAGCGCGAAGAUCAGCGCGUGUCUAAUGCCGGGCGCGGUGUGCUGGGCUUGUUCGGUGGCAUCGUCGUAAUAACCGCGUGUCUGGGAGCCGCGAGUGUAGUCGAGUGGCUAGACUUCCUCUACUACUGCAGCUACAUCAAACUGGCCAUCACGCUCAUCAAAUACGUGCCGCAGGCGUACAUGAAUUACCAGCGCAAAUCGACAGUGGGCUGGUCGAUCGGCAACAUAUUCCUGGACUUCGUGGGCGGUUUCCUGUCGAUCCUGCAGAUGACCCUCAACGCUUACAACUACAACGACUGGAUCUCGUUCUUCGGCGACGCGACCAAGUUCGGUCUCGGCUUGUUUAGUCUGGUCUUCGAUAUAUUCUUCAUGUUGCAACACUACGUGUUUUACAGGGAAGCCCGGUACAUUUUGCUUCCUGGCAGAAGUCCUGACGACGAAGAUUGCGAAGAACAAGGUAACUCAGAUCGUAGAGACACGUCAACUAAUUCAAUAUACCAGGGUACGGCAUAGUACACGAAUGAGACAGUUAACGACAUUAUAUAUGAAUCGACAAGGGAAAGGAAAUGGAAGAAAAUGAUAUAGCAUCCAAAGAGUCUCAAUAAGAUAUUGACUAUUUUUUAUAAAUUGACUUUAUAAUUCGGUAAAUUUGUCAUGGUGGAACAAACUUAAAUAGUCGUGUGGAAAAUGACAGGAUAAUUAACGAAUAAUGAAUACAGAUAAAUGUAUUCGCGAAGUUAACAAUUAACGGACAAUAGUGACCGAUUUUAACGGUGUGCAAAUAUAACGUCUUGAAAUAUGUGCCGUGAAUUUGAAGUGGACCAGUUGACUUAGUGCAUUUUGUGAUGUAAAUUAACUUUACGUCUGUAAGCGAAGUUUGAAGACAAUUGAUAAACAAUGUGACAUUUAUUUUGCAUUUACAAAUCCGUUUUGGACUGGUCCGAUUCGGAACUCGAUUGUGAUUUAUUAACACCAUGGCGAAAGAUAAAAUGGUGAUAAAUAGAAAUAAGUUACACAAGUGGUCUCAUGACUGCAGUAAGAAGAAAAGAAAAAUGAAAAAUAUUUGUUCUGUUCAUAUAUUGUUAUGCAGGCGUGUUGAUAAAUUAAUAGCAUUAAUACUUAAUAAGUAUUGUUAACACAUGAAAAUUAAUGUACUACUAUAC